AUGGACACUAGUUCCGCUAAUAUCGCUUUCAGCUAUGAUAAUCCGUUUCAAUACUGCAUUAAGUCUAAGCAACCAGCCAAAUAUGAUUGGUUACCACGCGACUACAACACUGAGGUAGCUAAGUUUGAUCGCCGUACGCCUGGUUUGUCCAAAGAUGAAUGGUCAGGUGACACUAUGGUCUCACUAUCGAGUAAAAACUAUAUUUCAGAUCUACAAGACGAAUUUUACAGGGUAGAGGUUUCACUGAAGGGUAUUCUGCAGAAAAGUGGUCAAACCAAUGGUGUUCUUAAUUCUGAUGGGCUCGAGGCUGUUGUACGGAAUCGCGUCACGCUUCGAGGUACAAACAAGGGGUGCAGACUAUCGAAAGAAACCAAGUCUAUUAUUACCUACACUGAAAACAAAACAGCGCUCAACAACUACUAUGACAAACGUCGAGUACUUGAUGAUGGUGUCACGACUGAAGCACUUGAUAUUUAA